GGCAUUUUCUGGUGCCGCCAUCCUUGUGUGAGUAUGUGCGUUUGAAAGAUACAUUAUUCCCCGAUUUUCCCUCCAAAUUUCAAGACAUUUGGAACAGUGGAAUUGGAAUUAUUGCGUUUUAAGCGACAGUACCUUGUGUAAGUUGGUCGACGAAAAAUCAUGGAGCAAAAAGCGGGUAUUAAGUUUUGUUUUAAACUCGGUAAAACUUUCACCGAGACUCAUAAAUUGAUGAAACAAGUUUAUGGUGAUGAUUGUCUAUCCCGUACCUCAACUUACGAGUGGUUUAAUCGUUUUAAAAAUGGUCGUGAAAGCCUGGAAGACGACGAACAUUCGGGCCGUCCGAAAAGUGCUGGUAUUGAUGAAAACAUUCAAAUUGUUCGUGAUUUUGUCAAAAAAGAACCAAAAUCUUCGUUGAGAUACAUGGAAAUGGAGUUGGAGAUAUCCUAUAAGUCUAUUCAUCGCAUUUUGAUUGAGCAUUUGGGUAUGCGGAAGCUCCGUGUGACUUUUUCCUAUUCGGAAAAUUAAAAUUGGCAAUGAAAGGAAGAUAUUUUGAUGACAUAAAGUCCAUUGAAAAGGCGACGACCGACAUACUCAAGGCCAUCCCGGUUGACGAGCUAAAACACUCAUUCGAAUCACUUUUAAAUCGUGCAAAUCGUUGUAUUGAGUCGGAGGGAGACUAUUUUGAAUAAAUGCAAGUUUUCAUUCCAAACU